UCGUCCAACUGAUUAAUACGUUGCGAAUUCUCACCUCAUUUUUCAAACACAUUUUCCUGCUUGGCGAGCCUGUCGCUGGCGGGACCGGCACAAAGCGACAGGUUGUAAAUGCGCGAGACGCAAGCCACGCUGGCGUCAUCACUGAUGGUACCAAUCAGCAACUGGCUUUAGUACGGAGCCGAAUGGGUAUGCCGUACUAUUCAAAAGGGAACCACGUCACAUAUAAUGAACUAUAAGGGUGGCUACACAACUAUCCGAUACCAUCCAUGGAGCUGCAGGCGACAUAUGAAGUCACCACAUUUCUCCGGCAAACACCAAGUUAAUAAGAGAAGAAGAAGAAGAUUUGUAAGCAUGAUAGUCGACCGACCCUUGGCCGAAUUGCGAUAUGAACUGCGUGAGAUGCAGCAGUCCCAUCGGUACUGGCAAGUCGCGCGUGGUACGAGUCCGCACUGACUGAAUUUCAUUCUGAACGAGUGAGCUCAGGCAUCGGUGGCUCAGACUUAGAGCAACGGUUAGCAAUUCACAGCAAAUAUGGACACUUGUUUCACAGAAGACGACGAAGACAGAGAACCGGAACCUGAUGCCAAGACGUUGGAGUUCUAUAGAAUCGGACCUCCGUCCAUUCUGCGGAAGCCCGGCAUUCCUCCAAGAAGGCUCCCGCUUCCAGAGAGAAGAGUGUCAUUCUCUUCGGAUGUUGUGGACCCGCCCCAGAGACGCAGGCCCCUACAAAGAAAACAGUCCGAUGCAGAGAUGUGGGACGCGAGGCACGGGGGCGGCGACGAAUCUCGUAGACCGUUGAUAAAGAAGGUUUCUCUUAUUGCGCUCUGUUCCUUUGCUAUGGUGACGCUUGUGGGAGUUUUCUGGGGAUACAUCAUCCAUGGCAUUGUCCACUCGGAAGGUCAGGAAGAAAAGCCGCAUCCGUCCGUGCCUGAUAAAGGAGUCUUAAAAAAUCAAGAGGAGACGUUGCGAAAUUUUGAUGACUCCGAUUACAGCGUGCCAAACCUGGUUUUUAUGACAGCAAAACCUCAUCGACGACGUGGCGCCACUCUGGUUGUAGUCCUCAAGAAGUACUCGCCUUCUACAGCCCUGACUCAGUUGACCCGUGCACAGAGACCGAUCAAUCGUCGCCGUGCUCGAAGGAAGAGCAAGAAAGACUCGAAAGGAGAGCGCUCCAAAGUGCUUCUAGUACCGAGCGUAGACGAAAAUAAUAGUUCGGCCCUCGGUAGACCUAGCAGAGAAGGCAACGCGUUGUCCCUUAAUGUUACGAAGGCCCAAUUCGACAGCAAAGUAGCCGUCGACAUAUUUGGACCUUUCGCCGGUGAUACAACGGCCUUCAACGCGUCCGGCAAUUAUUCGGAACGGCACCUAGUACGAAGCACAACAGCCAGAAAUGCAAACGCUUCGAUGAUUUCAGCGAAUGUGUCUACCGCAGUUCUCGGCUCGCACGAGGUUACUGGAAGCCCUGGCUAUGGUGAGAACGUUACGGAAGCCACGCCGGAAGAAAGUCCCGCCCAGUUGAAUGGUACGGUGAUGGCAACGGUUGGAAAUGCCACGGACGUUAAUGCGGGAUUUGAAGAUUACAACGAUGGAGGGAACGUGACAUCCAGUGUUAGUGAAAGCGUGGAGACUACGUCUCGGGUUGUUUUGAACAGUUCCUCCGAAUACUAUUACGACUAGCGUUUCUGUAUACUUGUUUUAGCUUUGGUCCGUAUAACAUGUCCACACAUAUUUUCUAA